UCCCGUGACCCAGUAAGCGCUGGGUCGGGGGCUCGGCCCACCGGUGAGGAACGCUGAAAGGCAGCUGGAGCGGAGGGGGCCUCGGCAGUUUCCUGGGCUAACCUAGGGGUUGAAGUCAGGCCUCUCAUCCCCUACUUAGAUCUGGGCGGCGCUGCUGACUGUAGGUUGGAGUUCAGAGGCAGCCCAGAGCUCCAGUUCUUCUAGGUCGUUGGGGGGGCAGCGCCAGAUGGCGAAAUACCCUCUCUCCAGCUCCAAGCUGGGACUACCAAAUCGGAGUUUGAUCUUCCUGAUCGCUGUUGUGUGCAGCGCGUUAGCUGAUGUCACUCCCAGCCCCCAAACAAGGGGUCUUGGACUCCAUUUCACCGAAGAGGAAACUGAGGCUCAGAGGGGGGAAAUUGCUUACUCCAGGUCAUGAAGCCAAUUAGAGUCAUGCCUACUGGGUGAAUGAUAGAUGCAUUAGUCAUGGCACAUGCCUAGUGGGAGCUCAAUACAAGUAACAAGUUAUACAUCCUCCUAACACGGGGGACUCCACUUUGGGCUCAUUGCCAUCCAAAUUUAUAGAGCUUUUAGGUCCCCUCGUUCCUGAAUCUUUUUCUAGGGGUCCUCUGGAGACUGGGUCCCCUUUUGUGGCUCUGACCCUCACUCUGUACCUUGGAGUCCCAGAGCCCAAUAAAAUUGCUGCCUUCCAGCUUUUGACCACAGAAAGGUUUCGGCACUGCCGCAGGGCGCCCUCCCGAGACCGUUUCGCUCCCCCACCAUGUUCCAGCGCCUCACCAGCCUCUUCUUCAGUACUCCCCCGCCCCCCGAGGACCCCGGAUGUCCCCGAGCCUUCGUCUCUGAGGAGGAUGAAGUGGACGGCUGGCUCAUCAUUGACCUGCCGGACAGCUACGCGGCUCCACCCAGCCCCGGGGCUGCGCCUGCCCCCGCGGGCCGCCCUCCGCCCGCGCCCUCCUUGAUGGACGAGAGCUGGUUUGUUACCCCUCCCGCCUGUUUUACUGCAGAGGGGCCCGGACUCGGGCCCGCCCGCCUCCAGAGCAGCCCCCUGGAGGACCUCCUCAUCGAGCACCCCAGCAUGUCCGUUUACGUCACCGGCAGCACCAUAGUGCUGGAGCCUGGGCCCCCUUCCCCGCUCCCCGACGCUGCCCUGCCUGACGGCGACCUUAGCGAAGGGGAGUUGGCGCCCGCCCGCCGCGAGCCCCGGGCUCUGCACCACGCCGCCGCCCCUCUGCCGGCGCGGGCUGCGCUGCUGGAGAAGGCGGGCCAGGCGCGGCGGCUGCAGCGGGCCCGGCAGCGCGCCGAGCGCCAUGCGCUGAGCGCCAAGGUGGUGCAACGGCAGAACCGCGCCCGCGAGAACCGUUCGCGCCGGCCCAAGCACCAGGGCAGCUUCGUCUAUCAGCCGUGCCAGCGCCAGUUCAACUACUGAGAUCCGCCGGCCGAACCGCAAGCCCCUCGCCCAAUCCGGACCCCUGUCGGGCCCCUCCGCCGCGGCCAGUGUGUUGCUAGAGGAGCGCCUUCAGCCCACCUGGGUUGGACACUACAGCUUCCCCCCUUCUUAAGAGAGGUGGGGUGCUAGCCCCUCCUCUCCCACCUCCCUCUAUUUUCCCACCACUGAUUCUCUAAUCCGCUUCGGAACCCCCUUCUGUCCUUUACCCUCCAACCCUGUGCCUGAUAUCUAAUCCUCCAUUUCCAUCUCCGCCCCCCCCCCCCGCUGACAUUUCAUCCUUCCUUCCUUCUCUGCUCUCUGUCCCCAUCUCUACCCCGACAUCCCCUUCAUCCUUGCCCUCCGUUCCUGUACCUCUGGCCCACUCCUUCCUUCUUCCACUAGUCUCUUCUCCCAGAUCUAGCUCUUUUUUCUGCCUUCGACUCCCACUUUACGUCCUCACCUAUCUCAUGUUUGGCACUACACGCACUCCUGCCCUUAUUCAUUACCAGUAAUCCCUUCCCAAACGAAUGGGGGUGUGUGUGUGUGUGUGCAGACUAAAGAGCUUUGCCUUUAGGCUCCACCUCCCCUCUCCCCUGGGAUUGGGCUCCUUGGAGUUGUUUAGGCCUGGAAAGGUAAAGUAUGUGGAAUAGGACUGUGAGAUGUGAGUUAGAAGGAGAAGCGGAGGGAAUCAAGGGAAAGAGGCAGCCUACUGGAAAUAUAGACAGGACAUACAGGUUAAGAACCUGUGGGGAGCAGGGCACCAUGGGCGCUGGCCCUGUGCUUGCUCAGAGGCCAAGCCCUCCUCUUGGGCUUGAGCUUGGAGUCUGCCCCCACUUCCUAUAAUCCCAUCUACCAAAUCUCUUCCUGAAAUUCACCCCUCUGAACACCUGAGUCUGAAGGGCUUAGAACCUUGUUGCCCUACCCCCAACCUGUCACCCCAGGAUUAGAGGCUAGGCAAGGCCCUGCCAUCCUGGCCUAUGUUCACAUGCCCAAGGUGCUAGAACUAGUUUCGGAGAGAUGCAGGCCAGAGGGCUUCUAGGCAGGGAAAGUGCACACUCCAGAAUCAGAGUGCAGGGGAAUGAUGCUGGAGAGGACAAGCUGUAGGGUGAAGCCAUCCCAAGAUUGACAGCUCAGCCUUCGUGUUUCACUCUGCUCAGGAUGGCUAAUAAACACUCCCUUGGUAGGAAGCCAGGAGCCCUGCUGUUCCAACCCCCAAAUAGUCCCUAUCUAGGUUCAGGGCUUCCAGGGGGGCUCUCAUUAUCUCCUCCAGGGCUCUCUAGUCCAAAGGGGAGAAACAGGGGGGCCUAUGGUUACCCUCCCCCUCUCCAGUAAGCAACUAGAGGAGGGAACCUGAAUCCCUGGGUGAGGCCAGAGGGGUCACAGGCAGACAGCAUCCUCCUCCUUGUGUGGGAGUAAAUUUUGGGCUCAGACACCAGCAACAGCUUCUUGGGAUAGAUACCCUGAGUUGCUUCCCUUUUCCCCUGUCCUUUUCUAGUGUGUGCUCUUUCUUCCUUGACACUUUUGAGAUUUCCUGUUACAUUUUAACAUAGGUCUUCCCCCUCAUUCCAAUUCCAGGUUUCUAGGCCUCACAGCCAAGCUGAGGCUUGGUUGGAAAACUCUGUAAUCCCAUGACGGUAAAGGCAGCUGACCUCCCUGAUCCUAUAGCCCCAAGGCUCAUGUUGGGUAUACGGAUAAGGGAGGGGGUAGCCCCAUGGUUGCCAGGAUGAGGACAGAGGAAGUUCCUGUUGGGGUCUCCUAUCCAAGCCAAAUCUAUAGUAAAAGCAGAUCAAAGUCCCUAAGCCAGUCCACUAGGGCCCCAGUAGUUACAACAUUGCUCCUCUUGCCAAGGUUCUUCAGUUACAUCUAGUUGCUUUUAUUCUUUCAGCAACCCUGUGGUCACUUCACAGCCAGCUUAGGGUCUCCCACACUUCCAAGAGUUUAAGCUUCCUCCAGCUCUACCUGCCCACUCCUUUCCGGCCAGCUGGGGCAUAGGCUCAGUCCUGAGCAGUCCCUAUGAUCUUUCUGGUGUGGAGGGGGAGAGCGAGAUAUAGGACACUUGGCUCAAAUUUCAAGAGGCCCCUCACACAUAUUUCUGGAGGCUCCUGUAGUUCUAGAACCCUCCAGUGUCAUUACCUGGCUGGUUGUAAGGCUCAUAUGUUUUUGUACUUUUCCUAUAGAUUCUGUAGCAUUUGAGUGUGGGAAUAUUUUGUGUAUAGAUUUCUAAGAACCAACACUACUCAGUCUCCUGCUAGUCUGACUCCUGAAGCAUCAGACCUCGUCAUACUGUAUUGACUGUGUAUGUGCCUUUCACCUUGAGCAUGCUUCAGGAUUUUUUUUUAAACCACAGAACUUGAAUACAUGAGGGAACUAGAAUUCAUAAAGUCCUAUGCAAACUUAGGAGGGGGUGAGAGAGUCUGUCUUGACUGAUGUUUUCAGAGACCCUGGAGAAGUUGUAUUAGUCAAUGUCAAUAUUACUAGCACUUUGCCAAAACUGUGUAUGUCAGAGGGACCCGUUUCCACGAAGACCCAAGUACAUCAAAGGGUGACUGACAGUAAUUCCCCAAUAUGUCUGAGUGCUCUCUUCAAGCUGGUUGUCACUUUCCAUCUUUUGUCAGUUUGGCCCCAGGAGGGUACCAUGUGUGUAUGAAUGCAGUUUGCUGCUGUUUUGGGGUAUGCUUGCUCCCCACUCCCCAACCUGGAACCCUGAUCAAGUAGUUCUGACCCAUAAUGUCUUAGGUACAGUAAGAACCCCACCUGAGCUCUUGGAUGCCUCCUCAGAUCCAUGUGGCUUUAUGGGAGGGGACUGAAUACAGACACACCAUAGCCCCAGGUAUCUUCCCUCUUGCCCUGCCACCUAGUUUCACAUGGAACCAACAAGUUGAAUGAAUCCCUCUUGGAUGUUUUGUGUUGAGACUGGCUGAAAUGAGGCAACUCUGGUUGACCAUGUUGUGAAAUGUUGACAGACUCAAGGACACAACCACCUCGAUCCAGUCAUGUGGCAUGCCUGUGUACUUGUGUAACAGGAUUCUGAUUGUUAGAUUUUAAUGUUAUUCCUCUAUCGGAGAAAAAAUUAAUAUAAAGAAAAACAAAUAAAAAUCUAUUUAAAGCACA